GGUGUGACGCCCAGGCAGGUGUCUCCCCUUUCCAAUCACUGACCGUGUCUCUAGUCUCCGCCUCAGAUUUUACCCCAUUUUCUUUUUAAUUUUUGCAAUGUCAAUUUAAAAUCCCCUCCGAUGUGGGCAGUUUUAACAGGCAACUCCUUGCCGAUCUUAAACACAAAAAAGAAGGUUAGAAGAAGUGGAAGCUGCAGGUCAGGCAGCCCCAGAUACUGCCUGCUCUUCCCAGCUGCUAGUCACCCUUGCUGUGCCCCCCCUCAUUGCCAGGAAGUUUUCCUGCUCCUAUCACCCUCAGGUAGCCUCUUGAGUUUGAAGCAACUCCCCAAAGGGCUCCCUGCUGUCCAUGUGACUGGCUGUGGUGGAAAAAUAAACUGUCUGUUUAUUGCAGUGUCUCUCGAACUUUUUUCCUGGUGACCCCUUUCUACACAGCAAGCCUUGGACUUUGACCCCUCUUGUAAAUUAAAAACACUUUUUUGUAUAUUUAACACCAUUAUAAAUGCUGCAGGCAAAGCAGGGUUUAGGGGGGUGGCUGGCUGCUUGUGGUCCCCCCCAUGUAAUAACCUCGCAACCCCCUGAGGAGUCCUGAUUCCCCAGUUUGAGAACUCCUGGUUUAUUGAACUUCUGUAUACAGUGCUGUCAAAUUGUCCCAAUGUUCUCACAUAUUUAAUAUUUGAUAUAAAAUCCCUUUAGAUCUUCAUUGUUUUCUAGCAUAUUAUCAAAUAUUUCUUUUUUGCUCAUUUCCUCCACAGUUCUUGGAGAUUAAUAUAGAUCUCCUUUGUGCAUUGCUGUAGUAGCCAUGGUGGUCCCAGUAUACUGGAGGUUGUCCCCUUGAUUUAUAUACAAAUGUUUGGUGUUAUUCUCCAUCCUGGUGCUUAUGAAUCCUAACGUUAGCUUUUUUUUUUUUUUUUUGGCAGCAGCUGUGUGCUGAGUGGAAUUUUUUUGUUGCGAUUAAUUUUUUUAAUCUGUUGACAGCCCCAAUACUUAUAGAACCCUUAGCUUAUUGUCUUAUGUCAGUUGCUUGGCGUAACUCAUUUUGUGACAUAAUCUUUCUGAUUUUGUCUCCACAUGCUUGUGCUAUUCUUUUGUACUCAUCCAUAGCGAUUUAUCUGUGAAUUCGCUUGUUUAGGAUUCCUUCUUAUUUUCUGGUCAUUAAAGAGCUCCUGAUAGAAAGAAUAGUAAGCAGGCAAUAUGGCUCUGUCUUUCCUUCACAUUGUGAUAAUUUGCCAUUGCUCCUUUAAUAUUGUCUCAGAGAAACUGCCAGGUGUCCUAGACUCUAAUUUUCACCCCAGAUUUUAUUCCCAUGGGACCUCACCUACUAUUUUCCAGGUGUGUUGAAGUCUGCCUUUUUGAAGUCUGUCUUUAUUUUGCUACUCCUAGAAUUUUUGUUACGCCUAGUAUCAUGAAAUUUAUCACGUCAUGAUCACGUUUGCCCAUAUUGCUUUCCACCUUCUGUUUCCUAACUAAUUCCUUCUUGUUAGUCAGAAUCAGGUGUUAAAUGGCCAUCCUCUACUUACUGCUUUCAUCUUCUGAAAGAAACAGUUGUCCUCAGUACAUUGCAAGAACUUAUUGGAUGCUUUGUGUAUGGUUGAAUUAUUUUUCUAACACAUGCUUCCCUGGCCCCGCAUUACUAACUGUCUUUUGAAUUUUUCUGUUAUUUGCCUGGGUCUAGGACAUCAGUGUGCAGGGAAAGAGUUUGGGGGCAUUGUGAUGUGAAAUUAUUUCCUGUUCUGACAUGUCUCCUAUCACCCUUUUUCCCAUAACAGGCUGCAGCGUAACAUUCAUGUUUUGCUCCAGAUCAUUCCAUCCUUCCAGGGACCAAGGAAGGGAAAUGACUGCAGUGGAGCCAGUUGAGGGACCAGUGACCUUCGAGGAGGUGGCUGUGUAUUUUACCAAGGAAGAGUGGGCUCUGCUGGACCCUGCUCAGAGAGCCCUCUACAGAGACGUUAUGCAGGAGAACUAUGAGAAUGUGACCUCUCUGGGGUUUCCGGUUUCCACACCUGAUGUCAUCUCCCAACUGGAACGAGGGGAAGAGUCGUGGGCCUCAGAUCUCCAGGGCUCAGAGGAAAGAGAGAUCCUGAGAGGCAUCUGCACAGCAGGUGUUGGGAUGAUGAGUGAGACCAUGAAGCAGAAUCCUCAGCAGGAAGAGGGUGAGCAAGUGGAACCACCUGGGGCGUUAUGGCAAAGAUGCAAAGGGAGUGUGACCAGGAGUUGUGAGCAGGGAAAAGCCUGUGAGAGACAGCACGUUCCAGAGAAGUGGGAGGGAAACCAGCCAAUGCAGAAAUUUGGUAAAUCUGUUAAUUAUCAGGGAACUCACAAAGGCCUCAAGGAAACCACAGACCAGCAGAGAAUCCCCAUGGGAGAGAGAAGUAACACAUGCGCUGAGUGUGGGGAAAAGUUCAGUAGGCACUCACGCCUUAUUAGCUGUCAGAGAAUCCAUACACAAAAGCAACCCUAUGAAUGCUGUGAGUGUGGGAAAACCUUCACGCGCAGCUCAAACCUUAUUGCACAUCAGAGAAUCCACACUGGGGACAAACCCUAUAAAUGCUGUGAAUGCGGGAAAACCUUCACUCUUAGCUCAACCCUCACUGCACAUCAGAGAAUCCAUACCAGGGAGAAACCCUAUGAAUGCUGUGAGUGCGGGAAAACCUUCACUCAGCGCUCAAACCUUAUUACACAUAAGAGGAUCCACACAGGGGAGAAACCCUAUGAAUGUUGUGAAUGCAAGAAAACCUUCACUCAAAGGGCAUCUCUUAUUAGCCAUCAGAGAACCCAUACUGGGGAAAAACCCUAUGAAUGCUGGGAGUGCGGGAAAGCCUUCAUUGUGAUCUCAAAUCUUAUCAAGCAUCAGAAAAACCACACAGGGGAGAAACCCUAUGAAUGCUGGGAGUGCGGGAAAACCUUUGCAUGGAGCUCAAACCUUAGUUCGCAUCAGAGAAUCCAUACAGAAGAGAAACCGUAUAAAUGCAGUGAAUGCGGGAAAACCUUCACUCAGAUCUCCCACCUUAUUACACAUCAGAGAAUCCAUACAGGGGAGAAACCCUAUGAAUGCCGUGAGUGUGGGAAAACCUUCACUCGGAGUUCAAUCCUUAUUAUACACCACAGAAUCCAUACAGGAGAGAAACCCUACGAGUGCCGUGAGUGCGGGAAAACCUUCACUCAGAGCUCAACCCUUAUUACACAUCAGAGAAUCCACACGAGAAAGAACCCUUAUGAAUGAUGUGUGUGCAGGAAAACCUUCACUCAGCGCUCAAACCUUAAUACACAUGAGAAAAUUCAUCAAGGAGAGCGCCCCUAGGAAUGCU